GCUACCCGAUGCGUAAACAUAUGAUGCAUAUCUUGUCUCAUUUAUCUUUUAAUUUACAUCAUACUUCGUUCAUUUAUACAGUUAUUUUUUACACUUUAUUUUUUUUUCUACAUUUUAAUGAAAUGUCGGUUAUAAUGACAAAAAUUAUAGUUGCCGUAAAUGGAGCUUUUCAUCAGCGUGACUAGCAAUUUUAUUCAUUCCAUUUAAAAAUUUACUUUUACAACAUUUAAAAUCAACUUCAUGUUCGAGAAAAGUCUAUAGCUUAACAAAUAAACGCAUUACUUGAUAGUUCAUUCAUACGGGUAUUAUUACGUAUUGUGUCUGAAUGAAUAUGAAGUGUUAAUACCCAUUAACGUUUAUUAUAAACAGGCAUAUUAUAAUUAUAAUGGAUUUUUAAAUUUGGAUUUGAGAGGAUAUUCUAGAACCAGAUGCAUAAAUGGACCGUCUUCUAAGGAAAAUGUUUCUUACAGUGGUGUUCAGCUGUUUUAUACCAUGUGGAGAGGCGUUCUGGUACAGUGGGGACACCGAUGAGCAGAAAAGGUUCGACGGUGAAAUCCUUCCAAAAGAUCCAAACGUGUGUACAACUCAGAGUAUUACAUUCACAGGUGUACUUAAGGACGAUCCAGUAACGACUUACUCCAUCGGCUUUACUUAUCAAUCUAGAGACACAAACGGAAAAUUCGUUACUGUCGACCAGAAUAAUGUCACAUACAUUAAUGAUACGAUGGCUGAAUAUACAGUGCCCUAUAUCCCGCCUCUAACUGAUCUAAAAAUACCGCACUAUAUGCAUGUUAACAGCUAUUAUUGGCAAGUCUUUGGUGAUAAUAAUAAAACGUUGCAGCUUGGGGAAACCACCACAGCACGUUUUUUCCCAAUGCCCGAGGAAGUUCGUGAUUUUGAUUGUAUAAGUGAAAAAAUUACGAAACGAUGAUAUGUUACUGGAGCUACGGAACCGACUUUGGUUUGUUUAUGCCGGAAGUAACUUUU